AUGUCAGCAAACAUGACAGUGCUACCGUCACGGACAGCCGAAAUGACACCUGCCCUAUUUCUCAGCUGGGAACUAACUUACCUCAUCAGUCGUAUGUGUUUUUAUGUAGUCUAUCCUUGCUUCGGCCUGAUAGGGAUAUUGGGGAAUGUCACCAACAUUGUCAUUCUGACCCGACAGGGAUUCCGAAAAUGUUCCAAUAUACUUCUCUGGUCUUUGGCUGUCUCCGAUUGUCUGUUUUUGAUUGGCAUCAACAACGUUCCAGGUCAUAUAUACACAGAAUAUAAGGGAUUCAGAUUCUCCGAAACUCUUAAUUUCGCAUGUUUCGUAUUGUACAUACUUUUCAUAUGUGUUAGCGACAUAGGAUUAUUCGCAUCUGUGAUCAUUCCUGUUCUAAUAACAGGUGAACGUAUAUUAGCCAUAUUUGUUCCGUUCCAAGCGAAUUUGAUCUUAACUCCACGAAGAAUGGUCAUUGUUUUGUCUUGUCUCUACCUAGUAGAUGGGAUAUUGUUUACAUACAAUGUGAUACUAAGCGACCAACUAAAGAAUUUUCUCGUAAAUGGUGUUACUGUCGGCGUUAUUGUCGACAGUGAUAUGCGGAUAAUCCACGACAGAAGCGGAGUGAAGCGGCUGAUCGACCAUAUUUCGAAUUACGUAACAGGUGUCAUACCAAUCAGUCUAGUCACCGUGGGAUGUGUUGUUAUUGGACUCAGGAUUGUACAAAUCACCAACAGGCGUCGAAAGCUUACCUCUAAACUGGCCAAGGCCAGCACUAAACUCGGCAUCACCAAAACAACAAAGACAUUACUGAAGAUUUGUCUCCUGUAUACUGUAUGUUAUGGUUCUUCCUUUAUUGGUGUUUAUGUUAGUCAGAGUAAACUACUGGAGCAACAGUUACCUACACGGAUGAUAAUUUUUCCCUUUCAGCAGAUUGUACUUUGUCUAAACUGCGUUGGAAAUUUUCUGAUUUACUUGGAUUCUCGAAACGGAUUCAGGAAGUUAAUAAUCGUCUGCAGGAAAAUAAAAACAUCGAGAUAG